AUGGGGCUUAAACAAGGUGUUCUUGGUCUUUUGGCGCUGCUUGUGGUUAUUGAUUUCUGCAGUGCAAGUGCAAGUGUAAGGGCUCAGGCCUUUCGUCCCCGUACAAUGACGCAACAGUCUCAACUGAGGGACCAGAAAGCUCCAUAUGGUGCUCCAUUCCAGAUGCCCCAGUUGUCAGCUCCAGGGCAGGCAAAUAUGCCUUUAAGUAUCCAGUCCAAGCAAGUUUUAAAGGGCCCUGUUAUGGAACUAACCUGGAAGUUUCCAACAAUCCCAGAGGAGCCAGCACAGCCAGAUGUUAACUUUCAGUUGCAACGGCCAACUCCUGCUCGCAGUGUGGCAGCCCAAUGUUUGGAGGACCUUGUGCAUGUGGAAGUGAAGCAAGACUUGUCUGGUACUGGCCAGCUGAUUGAGCCCUCUAUUCUGUCUCUAGGAGGCUGUGGUGUAGUGAAUGUAGAUGCAGCUGCCCAAGUCCUGAUCUAUCAGUCCAAACUUCAGGAUUGUGGCAGUCAGCUUGUGGCAACUGAGGAUGAGCUUGUUUACAUCUUUACCCUUGAUUAUAGGCCUCCAGCACUACAGAGCACUCCCAUUGUAAGGACCAGUGGUGCUACAAUUGGUAUUGAAUGCCACUACCCCAGGAGCCAAAAUGUGAGCAGUAAUAUCCUGAGUCCAUUUUGGCUUCCGUACACUGACACUAAAGUUGCAGAGAACAUCCUGGUCUUCUCCCUGAAGCUCAUGACUGCUGACUGGAUGUAUGAGAGGCCUUCAAGUGUCUUCUUUCUGGGGGAUGUCUUUAAUAUUGAGGCAUCUGUGAUUCGGUACAACCACUUGCCAAUUUGUGUUUUUGUGGACCGCUGUGUGGCAACUGCAAGUCCUGAUGUGAACUCUGCCCCUAGUUAUUCUUUCAUUGAGAACCAUGGCUGCUUUACUGAUGCAAAGUAUACAGGCUCCAUCUCCAGUUUUCUGGCCCGGGUGCAAGAUAAGCUGCAAUUUCAACUGGAGGCCUUCAGAUUCCAGCAGCAAAGCAUUGGUUUUCUUUAUAUCACUUGCCUUCUGAAAGCAAGUACAGAUUUGUCUGCUGUUAAUGAGGAGCAUAAGGCAUGUUCUUUCAAAGCAAAUGGAUGGGCCUCUUCAGAUGGAAGCGACCAGGUGUGUGGCUGCUGUGAAAUGAGCUGUGGAUUAGGGGCUGGUAGCGUGUUGCCCCCAGUAGUCCCAGGUUUCCAGUGGGAGGGUAAAGCCCAAGUUGGCCCUCUCCAGGUCUGGGAUGGCAGACAUAAUGUGUGA